AUGUAGAACGACGUCGCAUUCUCCUAGGUCUCAGAACUUCUGAAACUGGUUUACUUCUCCCCAAGAAAUCCUGCGUAGAGACUAGAGAGAGAAGAGAGAGAAUCUUGUCUGUAAUGGCGGAGAAGCCCCAGCCGGUGCAAGUACUCUACUGCGGCGUAUGCGGACUACCAGCAGAGUACUGCGAAUUCGGCCCCGACUUCGAGAAAUGCAAGCCCUGGCUCAUCCACAACGCCCCCGACGUCUACCCCGAUCUUCUCAAAGAGGCAAAUGCAAAGGACGCUGAUAAAGUCUCCGAUCAACUCCAGUCCACUUCAAUCUCUGCCGGAGGUGGUUCUUCAACUUCUAAACCAGAAGAAGUGAAACGCCUUCCUGGUGGGAAGAUAAAAAAGAAAGAUAAACAAGAAGUUAUCAUCGAAAAGGUGGUACGUAACAAGCGUAAAUGCAUCACUACUGUGAAAGGAUUGGAGCUUUUUGGUGUUAAACUUAGUGAUGCUUCAAAGAAGCUUGGGAAGAAGUUUGCUACCGGAGCCUCUGUUGUUAAGGGACCAACUGAAAAAGAGCAGAUUGAUGUUCAAGGAGACAUAUCCUAUGACAUUGUGGAGUUCAUUACUGAUACCUGGUCUGAUGUGCCAGAAGCUGCAAUUUUCUUUAUUGAAGAUGGCAAAAAAGUUCCAGCUGUCUAACCAUAGCUUGGACAUUUUUCUAUAAAUGUAUACUAUUCUCGGCGCUUGGUACUCAAAUUACUAUAGUUUGUAGUUGGUGGAUGGUAAUCUUGGGUCAUCCCAUAGUGGCAACCCAUGGUGUUUUUUUGGCGUGCAUGUUUUUUUUAUAUGCUUAUAAAGCCCCUCUUUAUUUCCCUUUUCUUUCA